GGGAACUCGACCCUUCUCUCUUGUUACAUUAUCUCUGGAACCCUAGCUCUUGCCAUCUCCAUCGAAACCGGAGCGGCCUUAAGGCCCGACCCCAACCGGAGGUUCCCUGGAUUCUGGAUGUCAUUAUCUGUUGCCACUCAAAAUGUAGAGUUCAGUCAUCGUAACCAUCAAAAUAUUACCACUACUUUUGACAAUUUAUCUGCAAGCAGUGAGUUGAAUAUGGGAGUAGAGGAUGAUGAGGAAGAAGAAGAUGUAGACUUCAAUCCCUUUUUGAAAGGGGAAACCCUUUCAGAAGCGUCAUCUGGUUUGAGUUCAGACAAUGAAGGUCUAUUUAAUAAGGUUGACAAAAAUCUUUGGAGCUCAGGUCACCAGGAUGCUAGCACAUCAUCCAGGGCAAAUGUGGAGACUCUCUGUUGUAUCACAGAUUCUGGAAAUGAGGAUGAGGAGAUUGUGAUGCAAACUAGACAUGCAUCAGAAGAUGCAAAUGGAAACAAGUCCAUUUCAGAAAAACCAAUCACAAGAGAACUAAAUACUUUUGUUGAGCAGGGUGGAGGUUUGACUUGUCCUGAAGGAUGCAUAAAGGAACUACACUCUGGAGAUGGAAGCAAUGCUGUUGAUGACUUGACAAAAGAAGAGUUGCUGGGCCAGAGUACAAGUUCUUUAUAUCCCAGAAGUUUCCAGAAACCCUUUAUCGAGAUAAAUGAUGAGGAUGCUAUCUGCAAACGCACGAGAGCCCACCAUUCCCUUGCACAGUAUACACUAGAAGAAUUGGAGGCAUUCCUUCAGGAAACUGAUGAUGAUGAUGACCCGCAAAAUGCUGAUGAUGAAGAAGAAUACCGCAAGUUUCUUGCUGCUGUUCUGCUGGAAGGAGCUGAUAACAGACAGACAGGUCAGGAGGAUGAAAAUUUGGAUGAAGAUGAAGAGAAUGAUGCUGACUUUGAGAUAGAAAUUGAGGAGGCAUUACUAAGUGACGUUGAUGAAAGUACCGAUAAUAACAAAGGGCUUAGCGACAAGCAAGAAGGAGAUGCUCAUAGACCAGAAACCAGGCAGAAGAAAUGUCUGAAGGAGUCUGCUGAAAAGAAAAAGUAUUUUCUGGGGCAGGCAAAGAUGCCAUUGCGCCCUAUAUUGCCAUUUGUCUCAAAUGCACAAGUAGCUCCUUUCCCAACCUUUGGGUGGCAAUUUUAUUCUCCUAAAAGCUUUACUCAUUGUUCAUCAUCAUUUUCCGGAGCUGACUUACUCAAUGGUUUUACAACUGAGCAAAUAGGCCAGCUGUACUGUUUAAUACAUGAGCAUGUUCAACUUCUUAUUCAGGUUUUCUCUGUUUGUGUUCUCGAUCCAUCGAGACAAGAAGUUGCAAUUCAGGUCCAAAAGAUGAUUACAGAGAUGGUUGAUAAACUUGAAGCAGCAUUAACCUGUAGAAAAGUUCCUUAUCCUGGCAGUUCCUUUCAGCCUUCAAAUCUUCGUUCAUCACUGCAUGUUGAUUUUCAUCAGAUUCCUGAAUUCUCUAAUUGGACACCUUUAAUUGAUAAUCCGGUGCUAUCAAUUCUUGAUGUUGCUCCACUUCGGUUGGCUAAGAGCUAUAUGACUGAUGUUUCAGCCACCGUGUUGAGGUAUAGACAAAAUCAUGUGCAAGAUGCAACUGACAAAGAUCACUUGAAAAGAGUACCACUUUUCCCACUGCGUAUGUUUCCCUCUCAUAGUGAAACAAAUAAUGAUUUUCUGGGGGGAGCCAUUACCACAUCUUCAAAGACAGCUUCACCAUUUUCACGGGAUCAAGUACAGCCUAAAAAAUCAAUGGCUGCUACACUUGUAGAAAGUACCAUGAAGCAAUCAGUUGCUCUUGUUCCACAGGAUAUUGCCAGAUUAGCACAGAGGUUUUAUCCUCUGUUUAAUUUAGCACUAUUUCCUCAUAAGCCUCCCAUGCUGGCUGUUGCCAAUCGUGUGCUUUUCACUGAUGCAGAGGACGGAUUACUAGCAAUGGGAUUGAUGGAGUACAAUAAUGAUUGGGGGGCAAUACAGCAACAUUUUCUUCCUUGUAAAACCAAGCAUCAGAUUUUUGUGAGACAGAAAAAUCGUAGUUCCUCGAAAGCACCUGAGAAUCCAAUCAAAGCUGUACGACGCAUGAAGACCUCUCCAUUAACUACAGAAGAAAAAGCAAGGAUCUGCGAGGGGCUUAAACUCUUUAAACAUGAUUGGUUGUCAAUUUGGAAAUUUUUUGUUCCCCAUAGAGAUCCAUCCUUGCUACCUCGACAGUGGAGGAUUGCUACUGGAACACAGAAGUCUUACAAGAAAAGUGAAGAUGUUAAAGAGAAAAGGAGAUUAUAUGAAGCGAAACGAAGAAAAAUCAAAGCUUCAAUAAUUGAUAAGCAAGCUUCGUUGGGAUUGGAGGUUGAUAAUGGAACAAACAGUGUGGAUGACAUGGACAAUGAAGAUGAAGCUUUUGUUCAUGAAGCAUUCUUGGCAGACUCAGUACAUGGGAGCUCCAAUUGUGCAUACAAUGAUAUUUCUUUUUCAAACAUUAACAAAAACAAUGUGCAGCCUGCUAAUAUGAUUCUGUACAAGGGUGCUAAAACUUGUGAAAAUUCUGUUGCUGGUGCAGACAAAUGUGGGGAAUCAGGGCAGGAAAGUGGAGCUGUGCAUGAACUUGUACCAUCUUCAAAGCCCUCAAAGAGUGUGCAUCUUUUAUCUCAUUGCUCUGGUAGCAAAUGCAGUGCAUCUUAUGUGAUUUCUUCCAAGCAUUUGUCUUCCAUUUCAGAAUCAAGGGCUCUUAGACAUCCUUUAAGUUCACUGCCUUACCAAAGGCGUCGAAGAAAAGGUGUUCGCAUUGUCAAGUUGGCACCAGAUUUGCCUCCUGUGAACCUUCCCCCAUCUGUUCGUGUGAUCUCUCAGUCAGCUUUCCAGAGUUGUCACAGUGGACCAUCUUGUUCUGAUAUUGUUAAUAAUGAAAGAAAAAAGCUUGUUUCAGGGUACCCACAAGCUGUAAAACCAGAUGCUACUAUGAUGAAUCCCAGUAAGCCGUACUCAGAUAAUGGUCUCAAAGUUAGAUAUCAACAAGAUGAAGGGACCUCUGGGAAUCAGUUGGGUGAAGAAAAUACUUCUGAAUCAGAUCUCCAGAUGCACCCUUUACUAUUUCAGGAGCCUGAAGAUCAAAUUUCAUCAUAUUAUUCGAUGAAUACGAGCAUUUACAACUUCUUCCCGGGGAUACAACUUCAAGCCAAUCCCAAUUUCUGUAAGUCUGAAAAUUUUGUUAGGACAACCAAACAUGUUGAAGUGACACCACAUCCAAAAGGACCAUCAUCAGAUUUGUGUCCUAUUGACUUUCAUCCGCUCCUGCAAAGAACUGAUGGUGUAAGUGGCGACUCUGCUAGUAUCUCUUCCAUUGAUCCACUACCUGGUGGUUUGGGAGCACAAGGUGGUAGUGACAAAUUUAAUCCACCUGAAUGUAUCUUGAGAAAACCCCUGGUUGAUGAUUUAGCAAAUAAUGUGGCAUCUCUGGAUCAUCAAGGAAAUGAAAAUAAACUUGAUCUGGAUAUUCACUUAUGUUCUGUGAUGGACAAGGAAAAGACUGCUGGAGGUGGAGUUUCAAAUGAGCAUCAGCAUAUCGAGUCAGACAGUCCUACUUUGGAGCAAAGAAUGAUGGAGAGUGGCACACAUGCUGAUUUGUCAAUCUGCCACCAUAAUGAUAAUUUUCCUGAUGUUUUAGUUUCUACAGAUUCAAUUAUAAGUGAACAAGCAUGCUCUAGGAAGGAUGUUAAUUCUAUAACAGUACUGUCUAUUCCAGGUAGCGCAUGUCAAUGUGCAGGAGAUUUUGAUGAUGAGUCUUUUCCCGAGAUUGUAAUGGAACAGGAAGAAUUAAGUGAUUCUGAAGAAGAAAGUGAACAUGUGGUAUUUGAAUGUGAGGAGAUGGAUGAUUCAGAAGAAGACAAGUUGGACCCAACACAACCUUCUGAAAUUCAGAAUAAGGGGAUUCCAGCCUUUGCUGCUGUAGGUGAAAAAAUUCAAGCCAUUCAUAAUUUUAACCAGUGUCAAUCAAAAUCUCCAGCCCAAGGAUCAGUUGAUGAGGACAAGAAUUAUGCCAGUCCUGUGCAGACAUACCAAGGUUCAUGCCACGGUAAAUUGUCACAUUUAAAUCCCAAAGGUGGAAGUGCAAAAAAGGAUGGAUCUCAUAGAAAUUCUCCAAACGUGCCGCACACCCAUCCUGGACGAUCCAGCAAGGCACGAAAUUCUAAGAACUCCAAAGGCUCUCAGCAUCCCCCCUCACAAACAAUUCAUGAACACAAGACUGUUGCUUCCAGAAAACCUAGAAAACGGUCUGUUUUGAAUUAACCCCUGCAAGUUGAGCUAUUUGUGAUAACAUGCGAGCCAUUUUCUCAUUGCUUUUAUUAUUAUCUGUUGAAUAGUCAAUGACUGGGUCAAACAAAUGCUGUUUGGUUGGUGCCUCUCUUUAGAACAUCUGACAGUAGCAGCAGCCAUUACAAUAAGGCCGUAAAUCAGGAUACCUAAAUAGCAUCAUACAGAGAGAAUAGUGCUGCUUGUGAAGUAUCUUUGUAAUAAAUAGUGUUUUUUAUUCUGCAAUAUAAAGUGUAUCAGCAAGGUAGCCAAAGAAAUGGUAAAGAUUUAGACUA